CUAGUGGAUGCAAUGCGAUAUCGUGCUAAAACCAGGUGGAAGGCGUAAUCCAGGUGAGCCCCUCCCUAAAAUAUCCAAACCCUUCCUUUGCGUCGUGCGUUAGACGCGAGUCGCUUGCAUGGCUCAGUAGGUGCUGGAAGUGGUUUUUCUUCAGUAAUACGGAAUGCAAACGUAUCGGUGAUGAAUAUGGGGGAACGCAUGCUGAUCGCGGAUGUUCAGACCGGAGCAGGCGCCAACGCUUUCUUGUCUGGUCUGCUCGCUUUUUGCGUGGAUUCGUUCGCCACCUGUUUCUCCGAUGGCGCGGACAAACCCUGCGUCCUGGUCGGUCUCAGCUCUCUGUCUGCGCUGCUUUUGCUUCUGUCGUGCCUCGUUGUGUCAGAGGUGCAAAUGUCGCGGAGAACACCCGGGAGAAAGCAUCAUUUUCCUCUACUGCUUCCUCGGUAACCUGUGCAGCACUGUCGGGGCCAUUCUGUCUAGACAGCUGUAUAUUCAGAUUUUAAUGGGUGCCUUUGCUGCCGCUGUGGAUGCUGUCAACUUUAUGUCUUGCUGCUUCCCAGUGUCCCUGUGCUGGAACUCAAAAACAGAAAGGAGGCUGAGGGUAAUGACGAGGCGGAGGAGACAACACCUCCUUGCAGUGUGCGUACUGAUGGUGGUUGCAGGCGGCUUUCUGAAGUCUAGGGUCACCCACCACCCAACAGACAGGCCUCUCAGCGAGAGGAGACUGCUGCAUGUCGGUCUCCAAUUUAGUCCAUUUACAUUCAACACUGAAAUCCUGGGUUACAUACUUGGCUUGAUCUCUUUUAUCAUCGCCUGUACCUCCAGGUUCCCCGCAGUCCGCAGAGCCUACAGAGGACAGAUGUUGACCCAGGCCUACAUGUUCUCAGCAGUGCUGUGCUCAUUGGCUGGUGCCCUCUAUGCCGCUGCCAUACUCCUCUACGACACUCAGUUUGUGUUUCUUCUGAGAGUCAUGCUGUGGCUGGUGUCUGCAAUAUGCUGUGCCACUCUAGAUCUUCUCAUUGUAGUCCUCCACUGGUGCAAGAGUGGAACCAGGCAGCACUCCAUGAGGUUUUCUCCGGACAAGGAGAGCCUUUUAGGUGGCUCACGCAUCCCCAGUGAGGAGACAGCUAUCCUGAAGAAACACAGAAAACAAAAUGUUAAUUCAUCAGCAGAAACAAAACCAAAUAAUGUCCAGAAGAUGACUGAAAUGGGCCAUUACAUGGAUGUCAGUAUCCACCCUGCAAGAAAAAUCCGCCUAAAGGAGGUGACAUUGUCCAAGGCGGAGGCGGAGGACCGACCUCUCAACAGGACAGUGCGAGUGAUCAGAGUCGACAGUUUCUGCUUCUCAGAUACGUCCUUUGACUCUUCACUAGUUAGUUCUGAUCUGGAGUGGGAUUUUGAAGAGGCAAAUGGCCAGUGGAGAGAGCCAACAGCAAAACAACAGGAGGGCGAUGAGUUCCCCCUCCAAGAGUGGUUACCGAACCCCACACCGUUUAACAUCUGCACCUGUGCUGUGUCUGGACUCCCACAGAACACUCUGUCUGGUAAAGAAGAGGUUGAGUGUCUCUGUGUGUUAGAUACACACACUUCUGGUGCUUUCAUUUGAGAGGUAAUAAAAUCUGCAAAACACUGA